GCCAUGUCCAAAUAUUAGUAACUAAUCAUCAGCGUAUUCUUCUUCAUUCCUAGCUAGAUGGCUGCUGAUUUAGUGAUUAAGUUAUUAUUGUUGGGCGUAAUCCAUUUGGUUUCCAUCCAAGGAAUUCAAGGUUGCUUUGAAGAGGAGAGGAAGGCUCUUCUAGAAUUCAAGGCUUUUGUUAAAUCAGACGGACAAGAUGCAGACCAUCUUCUUCCUUCAUGGGUUAAUGACCCAGGGGAUGACUGUUGCAAAUGGGAGAGAGUCGAUUGUGACUCCACCACAGGCCAUGUGAUCAAGCUCUCCCUCAGCAAUACCAGGCAGUUUGAUGUACUUCCUUUUAGCAUAUAUGAUCCCAAAAAUAGUUGGCAUUUAAACGUCUCCUUGUUUCAGCCAUUUAAGGAGCUAAGAAGGCUCAAUUUAUCCUUCAAUGUAAUUGCUGGGUGGAUACAGAACAAAGAAUUACCUGUUCUUGAGAACUUAGAAGAGUUGGAUUUAGGAUCCAACAGACUGAAUGGCUCGUCAGCAGCACAAGAUGUAACAAGUUUGUCCAAGCUGAGCAAGUUGAAGUACUUAUAUUUGAAGGAUAAUAUUUUGAAUAAAGAUAUUAUCAGAAUUUUGGGCACACUUCCAUCUCUUAAAUUACUUGACCUUUCAAAUAAUCGGUUAGAAGGACCCAUUUCCAAUAAAGAAUUUGGUAACUUGAGCAAUGUGGAGGUGCUUAUUUUGAGUCAAAAUAGCCUCAGUGGAAACUUGCCAAUUCAAGGUUUUACAGCACUGAAGAUAUUAGAUUUGAGUAAGAAUCAAUUCAGUGGGGGUAUUCCUUCAUCUAUUGGGGCACUUCAUUCUCUAAAAGCAUUGUCUUUGUCUUCUAAUUAUCAACUUAAUGGCUUCUUACCAAAUCCUGGUCUGUGUCAAUUAAAGAGGCUUCAAGAGUUGGAUUUGAGCCAAAAUAGUUUUGAAGGGACACUUCCUCCAUGCCUAAACAAUUUGACAUCUCUUAAACUUUUAGAUGUCUCUAACAACCACUUCACUGAAAACCUUUCCUCAGAUUUGAUACGAAGCCUCCCAUCAUCCCUGGAAUUCAUGGAUCUUCGUCACAACAAUUUUCAGGGCUUAUUCUCAUUUAGCUAUAUUGAAAAUCAUUCCAAGCUUGAGGUAUUCAUGCUUACAGGCAACAAAGAUAGAGUACAAAUUGAUGCUCAAAGUCUUGGUUGGAUCAAUCCGUUGUUUCAAUUGAAGGCAUUGAUACUCUCUAGUUUGAGUCUAAACAGUAUUCCAAAGUUUCUUUUCUACCAACAAAGGUUGAGAGUAAUUGAUCUCUCUUACAAUAAGUUGAAAGAAGAGUUCCCUAUUUGGCUGCUGCAAAACAAUUCUGACCUCAAAUUUAUGAAUCUCAGGAAUAACUCUUUUGCUGGUCAAUUCAUCCAUUUGCCAUCAUAUCGAAUGCAAAAUAUGGUGUGGUUGGAUCUCUCCAAAAAUAAUUUUACUGGGAAGUUACCUGAAGAUUUUGGAGACAAACUUCCUAGUUUACAGUAUCUUAAUUUGUCUUGGAAUCAAUUUGAAGGUGCUCUACCAAGUAGUCUGGGGAACAUGCGUAAUUUGUCCAAGUUGGAUUUGGCAUUCAAUAAUUUCCUAGGAGAACUUCCUAAAGAAUUGCUUGUAGGGUGUAGUGGUUUGCAACAACUGAUAUUAUCGCACAAUAAACUUGGUGGCGAAAUCUUUUCAUCUGAAUUCAAAUUUAGUAAGUUGAGACAGCUGGAGUUAAGCAAUAAUGAAUUCACUGGAAACCUAUCAAAUGUGAAGAUUAAGACAUUGACCAUAUUCGAUGUUAGCAACAACAACAUCACAGGUCCAAUUCCUACCUGGAUUAAUACAGUGAGUUGGAAAAUUUCAAUAAGGAAUAACUCUUUUGAGGGCCAAUUUCCAUGCAAACAACUUAUGUCUCCAUUGUUUUUUCUUGACCUCUCUCAAAAUUUUCUUUCUGGUCCUCUACCCUCCUGCAUUGAUUUCACCACAAUUGGGGAGAUUCAUUUAGAAGGGAACAAAUUCACCGGAUUGUUACAAGAGUUUCUUCCAAAUUCCCCAACUAAUCUUUCCGUGUUGAAUCUCAAAGAUAACAGCUUGUCCGGUUUCAUUCCAGACCUAAAUGGUACGUUUUUGAAUCUGAAACAUCUUCUAUUGGGAAAAAAUUGUUUAAAAGGUUCGAUCCCAGAGACAUUGUGUUUAUUGGAAAAUAUAACCAUAAUGGAUUUUUCUAGCAACUCUUUGUCUGGAACAAUACCGCCUUGUUUCCAAAAUUUAACCUUUAGGGUGAUGGAGAACUACGGUGAAUCUCUUGCACAACAUGCAAUCCCAUUUGACAUCCAGUUUACUGAUGAAGAUCACAUAUAUGGAGAUCUCCUGAAGAAGAAUCUGAACCUCUUCAUAGAUGUCGAGACUAUAGGACUCAAUGAGAUUCAUCUGGUAAAUAAAAACAAGGGGAGCUCUUACAAGGGUAGCAUACUAAAUUUAAUAUCUGCUCUCGACGUAUCCUGCAAUAAUCUCACUGGAGAAAUCCCUCAAGAGCUCGGAACGUUCUCUCAGGUUCAUGCUUUAAACUUAUCUCAUAACCGGAUGACAGGUCCCAUUCCAGUUACUUUGUCCAAGCUAUCCCAGAUUGAAAGCUUGGACCUUUGUUGCAACAAUCUGAUUGGAAAACUCCCUCCAGAGUUGACCAACCUGCACUUCUUGGAAGUCUUCAAUGUCUCAUACAACAAUUUAUCUGGAGACACUCCAAUGAUGAUAAAGCAGUUUUCAACAUUCGACGAGAGCAGCUAUAAGGGAAACCGGUUUCUUUGCGGGCUGCCUUUGGAGAAAAACUGCGGCAAUGAUAUUGAGACACCGUGGUUAAAAUCAGAUGCAACUAAAGGGAAAUGGUAUGACAUUGAUCUUAUUGAUUUUCUUGUAUGUUUUUUGCCAGCAUAUUUGGUUUUCUUUCUGUUGAUGGUGUCCCUUCUCUACAUCAACCCUCAUUGGUUAAGAAGGUCACUUUAUUUCAUCGAUCAUUAUUAUUCCAAGCUACUAGUUGCUUUCUGGAUCUGUAUUAUUUGAGAUUUAAAGUUCUUGUACGAUCACUAUGUAAAAACUAGUCUAUAGCACCCUGUUAUGUGGGGGUGUUCUUAUGUGCAAUUAAGUUCAAAAAGUCUAAAAGGUUUUAUCUAUGCUUUAUGAAGAAAGAUGAGAACUUAAA